AUGCCUAAAACUUGCCAAACCCCUUCUAAAGCAAAAUCAACAUCCAAGACUAAAGCCAAAUCUAAGAAUAUGAACCCUAAAUCAAAGAAAAUUAUCAAACCUUCAAGUGAACCCGCACCCAUACCUACUCCUUUUCCAAUGAUAUCUUCCACUAUACCUACACCAUUAUUCCCUGUUCCUGCUGCUCUCACCAUCCCCACCUCUAUUGGGCUUUCGCUUUCAAAACCAACAACUAAUGCAUCUGUGCCUACUUCAAAAAAUAAGUCAACCAAGAUCAAGGCUACUCAAAGAAAAUCUAUUAAGAGUGACAAGGUAGUGCCUGAUGCUGCUGCUAAAGUAGAUAUAGUGGUUAAGGAAGCUGUGGUUCAGGCGGAAUUAGUCCCAGUUAUUACAAAUGUUGCAUCCUUAGAUACUGUCCCCUUCACAAGUGAUAAACCACAAGUUGAGGAACCCACUGUGAAAAAGAAUGAGGCAUCUCUGAAGAAAGGGGCAGAUACUACUACUGUUUUGCCUAUGAAUGAGGGAGAUUUUGGUGAAGAGAAGGAGAGCGAGAUAGAAGAUAGGAUAGAUGAACAAGUGGAUGACUCUAUAGAAGAAGAAAAGAACAGUGAAGAAGAGGGUGAGUCUGAGAGUGAAGGUGGAGAUCAAGAAAAGGCAAGCGAGAAUGAAGGAGAUGAUGAAGAAAGUGAGGAAGAUAAUGAGAAUAGGGGUGGGGAAUAG